AUGGAUCCUGAUACAGUAGCAAAUUUUUUAUCAAUUACAGGAUGCGAGGAUGAAGGUUUAGCACUUCAAAUAUUAGAGCAAAAUAAUUGGAAUAUAGAAAAUAGUGUAAAUUUCUUUUUUUCAAUGAAUGAUGGUGGGGCAUCAGGGUCAUCAUCUUCUACAAAUAAAUCAUCAUCAGAAUCAAUACCAAGUGGCUAUCAGGAUUAUAUGGAAGAUGACGUAAGGGCACCAAUUCCACAAAUGAUGGAUAGACUUGUUGAUCAUAUUCCACAACAAACUAGAAGAUAUCAAAAACCAGGUAAUGUUUUUGAAGCAUUUAGAGAUUUCGAAAAAGAAAGAAAUUUAAAUCAAAAUAAAUUAACUGAUAAACAAAAAACACUUGCAGAGUUAUUUAAACCACCAUUAGAUAUUUUAUCAUUUGGUACAUUUGAUGAAAUUAAAAAGUUUGCAGAAGAAAAAGAACUUUUCUUAUUAGUUAAUAUUCAAGAUGUUUCAGAGUUUGAUUGUCAAAAAUUAAAUAGGGAUACAUGGUCAAAUAAAGAUUUAAAACAAUUGAUUAAAGAUAGUAUGAUCUUUUGGCAGGUUAAUAAGCAAUCUGGUGAAGGUAUUUAUUUUACACAAGUUUAUCCAGUUACACAAUAUCCAUACAUUGCAAUAAUUGAUCCAAGAACUGGCCAAAAAUUAGCAGAUAUUCAUGGUUUCAUUGAUGCAGAAGAGAUGAUCGAAUAUCUACACCAAUUUUUCGUUUCAAAUUCAUGGACUGGUAAAGUUGAACCAAUGGUCACCAAAAGUAAGAAAAAGAAACAUAACACAGAGGAGGAAGAGUUAGAAAUGGCAAUUCAAUUGUCACUGCAACAUGAAAAACCACCAUCACCACCAACACCAAUAAAAAGACAAAGGGAAAGACUUGAAAAAGAGAAACAAGAAAAGUUAAAGAGAGACAUGCAAAAUAGUGAUAACCAAAAUGAUCAAGAAGAUGACCAGGAGGAUGACCAAGAAUAUGACCAGGAAGAAGAUGAGGAUGAUUAUUUCGAAGAUGAUAUCGAUAACUAUGAUGACAAUUACUAUUAUGGUGGUGGUCUCGCAGCCAGUAACAAUGGAGAGAAACAAUUUAAAGAAGAAAUAAAAGAAAAGGUUCACCAAACACAAGAGAUUAAUAGUAAGGUUGGUACCGAGGGUGAUGUUUCAAUUCAAAUUAGAUGCCCUGGUGAAAUAUUAAAAGGAAGCUUCCAUUCAACUGAUAAAAUUCAAAGUGUUUAUUAUUUUGUCAAAGUUAAAACUGGUAUUCAAGAUUUUAAGCUUGUAACUUCUUUCCCAAGAGUUGAGCUAUCUGGUGAUUUAAUGUUUAAAACUUUAAAAGAAAUGGAUUUAGUACCAAGAGCUGUAAUUAAUUUACAAACAAAUUAA